ACAGUUUUAAAUAAAAAUAUAACAAAUGGGAGUUUCAAAAUUUUAUGUAUAUAACCUGUUAGUCUUGCUAUUAUUCGUCGAACAGUCAGUCUCAGGUUAUGACCAGUUGUGGAACAAUGACAAUGAGUUUGCUUCGAGAGAAAGGAACUGCCGUACUCUCUACAAGCGGCGCUCAGCUGCGAGCAUGAAUAGCUUUUCCAUGGCACCCUCGGACAUGUCCCAAGUCCAUGCUCGAGGUGAUGAGCCUGCACCCAAGACACAGAGUGACAACUCUAGCCAAAACUCAGACACCAAUGAUAAGGACAAGGGUGAAUUCCACUUUCUAGUAACCGGCGGCUAUCGCCACGAAAACGAUGACCUGGUUAAAUUUUUAGUUUCGAUACGACAUGGCAAAACGUAUAAGUUCUUUGGCGACAACCAUUAUUGUGGCGGCUGUUUAAUAUCUAAGACAGUGGUUCUAACAGCAGCCCAUUGUCUGGUUAAUAGUAAAAACCAAGUUAUGUCUAGCAGAAGGUUUAAGGUAGUUGCCGGUACACCGCGUCGCCUAUUGGAGACAAGCAACACCCAAGAAUUACAAGUGAAAGAAGUCAAGCCGCAUGAAAACUACAUCGAUGAUGCCGUGCACGAUGAUGUUGGCCUUUUAAUUCUCCAAGACAAGGUGCAAACAGAUGGAAGUACUGUCGAUAUUAUACCCUUAGCUGACGAGGAUCCCCCGGCUGGAUUGGAGUGCACAAUCAUUGGAUGGGGCGUUAUUUUUGAGGGGGGCCCACUCCCCGACGAGGCAGUCAGAGCUGAUUUGACUAUCCUUUCAAAUGAUUAUUGCUAUACAAUAAGCGAGUUUGGAACAGGCAUGAUAUGUGCCUCGAACCCAGAGAAUUUCGAAGUGGAUUCCUGCCAGGGCGAUUCGGGUGGACCGCUAUUCUGCGAAGGAAAAGUGUUUGGCGUUGUCUCCUUUGGCGAAGGUUGUGGGCGCCCGGAUACCGCCGGCGUUUACGCCGAUGUCUACUACUAUCGCGAGUGGAUAGAGCUAAAUGCAGCAACGUGCCCAUUGGCGUCCUGGUUUCGGCUUCCACUGAUCACGCUGGCAAUGCAGCAAGCUCUGCGAGCUCACUGUCUUUAGAAUGUGUGCUUGGACUCAAAUCAGCUUUAAAGGAUCUCUUUAGAUGCAAUUUUGAGUUGCACUCUGGAAAAAACGAAGGGUGCCUGCUUGAGAAAAGUUGUUUCAUCCAAUUUUAAAUAUUACAGUUUCCACCGAUUUCGUCAGGAAAAAUUUUUAAUUUCAUCAUGACUUUCCUUCAUAAAGGAAUCCGGUUUCAAAUAAAAUUUUACGUGGAUAUUACAAAUAGAAUCAGAAUGAGAGAAUUGAGAGAUGUAUUUAUAAUUGACUCCCUAAAAUAAAUUUUAACGGCAAAAAGCAGAA